GAUAAAAGAUAAAAGAUAAAAGAUCUUAGUCUUAUUUAUAAUAAUUUAUGAUUCCUAUUUCUUUUGGGAUUUUCUAUAUUUUAGUUCUAUAAAUAGAACCAACUGUUUUCUCAUAUUUUCAUGAUUAGAACUCUUAUCUAAUAACAAUAAUAAUAAUGGAGAAUGAUGAAAGUGGUGACCAAUGCAUUUCCCAAUGGCUCUCUCUCCGUCCUCCGUUUCAGUCUCCUCCUCCCUCACCUCAGACUUUACUCUCUCUCCGUUUGCCAACGCAGUCUCUUACUCCACCACUAUCACUCCAUUUGUCGUUGCACCCUCCUCGUCCUCAUCCUCCGCCUCCACAACAUCGACCACUAGAGUUUUCUCCCCUUCCUUCAACUGCAGCCGACCCUCCAUCCUCUCUCCUUCUACCAUCGCAAUCUCCUGAUCUUCUGCCACCUGAUAGGCUACAACCACCGUCAACACAACAAACUCAAAACGAAGCAGACGAAGAAAUCCGGCCAACAAAACGAACUCAAAACGAACCAAACGAAGAACUCCCGAGACCAAAACGAACUAGAAAACAAGCAGACACUAGUAGGAUCGAGCCACCGUAUCCGUGGUCGACAGAGCAGGGAGCCAUAAUCCACAAACUCGAGUAUCUUCAAGCAAACAACAUACGCACAAUCAAAGGGGAAGUGAAAUGCAAAAGAUGUAAAAGAAAGGAUGAGAUAGAGUAUGACUUAAUGAGUAAGUUUGAAGAGAUGAUAAAGUUCAUUGAAAGAGAAAAAUGUAACAUGCAUGAUAGAGCUCCAAAUUGUUGGACAAACCCUACUCUACUAAACUGCAAGUUUUGCAAUAAAGAAAAAUGUGUAGAGCCAAUCAUACCUGCAGGAAAUGAUAAUAAAAUCAAUUGGUUGUUCUUGUUAUUGGGAAAUUUUCUUGGACGUUUGAAGCUCACACAACUCAAACACUUCUGCACUCAAACAAAGAUUCAUAGAACUGGAGCCAAGGACCGUCUUGUUUAUUUCACUUAUUUUGGUUUGUGUAAGCAACUUCAACCCACCUUCGAUCAAAACUGA